AUGAAGUGGGUCGUCGAAUCAUCUCCGGUGGCUGUCACCCGACAAAGUGGAAAAACGGCGACUUUGCGGCUCGCCAGCGACUGUCACCCGACGGAGAGGAGCCGGAUGGAGGUGGGGCGCGUGUCAGGGAGCUUCAUCCUCAGGUCCGCGCAGCAAGAGGAGGCUCUUCAUCGCAUCUGGUACGCUCUCAAGAGGUGGCGACUGGUCUCCCGACAGAUCGUCCUCUUCCCGACGACGACUUGUUCGUCGAUCAAUCAGAGAUGAUUUACUCGAUGGAUUCGCGAUCCUUUUAUUGCGAAUCGUUCAGCAAUUUUAGUAGCAAUGCUCCGCGAAUCGCGUUGACGAGAUUUUUGCCGAUGAUCCAGUGAUUCUCGUUGCUUAAUCCUUCACCGGCGAUUUGCAAGAAAGUCGCAAUAAUCAAAUAAAAAUAUAUGAAUUUUGACUCUGGAAGGAUUUGAACCCGCAUCGGUCGCCCGCCUCUUCUGAGGAAGGUGUGACGGGGGUUUAGUCCCACAUCGGUUGUACGCCGAUUUUUUGGGCGAAUAUAUAGUAAUGUUAGCUUUGUGAGCAAAGUCCCUUCUCUCGCGUGUAUGACCACUCCUUGCCCCACAGUCGGCUGGCCACCGGUGACGUGAAAGGGGAGUGGCGUACGUGUGCCUGUCGGUCCCCAAGCCAAGCCGUGAGUAGGGGCUCGAGCGGCUUACUCCCCAACUGUGCUUCCGACCCGCUUGCGGGCACGGUUGGCUGACGGGUCCCUCCAUUUUUGCAAUAUUUUUAUUUUUAUUUCUUGUUCUUCAUUUAUCUCAAAAGUAAGACUGUAAAAAUCGUAUAAAAUCACAUAAUUACCCAAAAAUUCACGUUAAUCAAUUGAAAACCAAAAAUUAUUCUUUAACACAAAUAUAAGUCUAUUUAUCAUGAGUUAAGGUUAAAACUAUAUUAUUUACUAAUUAUUAACUCAUGAUAAUGAAGACUUAUCACACCCCCCAACUUAAAUCAUUGCUAGUCCCUUAGCAAUGGAAUUACGAAAAUAAAAUUUUACAAAUCUCAAACAUCAUAUUUCAAUACAAAAAAAAAUAUAAUUAGAAAUGAUGCACCGUUAAACACUUUGGAUUCUAAUCAAAUAUUUAAGAACGAUGCCAAGCACUUAAAUGUUUAAGCACUCCUUGGAAUAACAAUCUAGACUUCACUUCUUCUAUUCACAUCUUUAUCACUUCUUCACUCAUAGAUGUAUUUACAAGAUGUUCCAAUUAUCAAUACUCAUCCAAGAAUAAUAUUGAUCUUACAUUUCCCUUUUUCUAUAACUUGAUUUUUCAAGUUUGCACUAUAUUUCUUCCUUCUUUUUUUUUUUUUUUAUAAAUAGUGGAUAAGUAGCUUUUCCUGUAGAAAAUUUUUGACAAUAAGAAUGAUAUCUCACACCCUCCAUGUGUACUCUUCAUUUUCAGGGCUUUCACUUUAUCCACUUAUUUUUCAGCAAGUGUUUUUCUAUGCACGAUUUUCAACAAUAAGAAUGAUGUCUCACACCCUCCAUGUGUACUCUUCGUUUCUAGAUUUUUCACAUUGCUCUCUCUUUUUUUUUUUUCGAAAUAAGUGAUUUCUCCUCACAAGUCCUAUAGAUCAGGGUGCAAAAAUCUCCAUUAAACUCAAAUGAUCAAUCAAAUUUUCACAUCAAGUAAAUACUAUUCAUCAAGAUCAUAAAGUGAAAAUCUGUAAAAUCAAAUCCAUGUUAUCUAUCAUGUAUCCAAGGAGUAUUCCAACAUUUUAUGCUACUAGAUCAUUCUUUUGACUCAAUAAUAAUCUUCCUAGUAUCUUUUGGUCUCAAUCAAUCUAAUUGAUUUAAUUUUUCAUGCAUGUAAUAUGCUGUAAGAAAUUUGUAAAUUAGAUAGUUCUGAAAAUUCCAUUUUCUGUUUUCAGUUCUAUUUUUAGCAGCAAUAAAUUUGUCAAAAAUAAAUCAAAACUAUCUUCUUUAUAGCUGUAAAUUCGAAUUUCAGUAAUAUAUAUCUAGGGGAUUGAAAUGUGAGAAAAGGGUCUUCUAGAAUUUCAAAUUUCGGGCUGUUUUUAGUCUGCUGUUUCUGACAGAAAACCAGAAAAUAGAUGUUGCAAUUUUUCCGAGUUUUAUUUUAUUUUUUAUUUUUUUAGUUGCUGUUCUAAGUUGAAUAAAAUACAAACACAUGUUCUUAAUCGUCCUACAGCAUAAAUUAAUAAUGAAUACUUCACCCCCCAACUUAAAAAUGACAUUGUCCUCAAUGACACAGAAAAUUCGAAACAGAAUAUGCAAAAAAUAUAAUUUUCAAGUGAAGCAUGCAUAUCUGCAAAGUUAAGCAUUAAAAAUAUUUUCAUAAAUGAUGAAGCUCCGAAAGACAUCACCUCAACCUCGUUUUUACUUUUCCACUUCAUCUUACACUCCUAUAUUUUUUUCAAAAAAAAAAACAAAUACAGAAACAAGUACUACGAAAUUCUAAGAAAAACAGAGCUUAAAAAAAAUCAAACAGAAUGAAAUAAAAACUAUGGGUUGCCUCCCAUGCAGCGCUGAAUUUAAUGUCUCCAGCUGGACAGCUCUUAUAUCAUAUAAGAUGAUCUAUGGCCAUCAAAAUAUAUUUGUAUCCCAAGGUAAGUUUCAUGGUAUUCUUUUUCAGAUUUAGCAUAAAUUCAUAUACUUCAUAUAUAUACCUUGACAUACUUUCAGCCAAAACAAAAUGGAAAUUAACAAUUUUUUCCCAAAAAUAAUAUUUCCAUUUUGAAAAGAAUCUUUUCUUAUUUCUAUCUUGUUUUGUUAGGCUCUCAUUCAUUAAUAAAUACUUUCUAUUCAUAAACCAUAAAAUGUGAUCAGGCCAUAUAAUUUUCAGAUUAGCUCUUGCCCAAUCUAAAAUUUUUUCAUCUAAAUUGGUAUCUCUAAUUCUUCCACUCACCCAUUUCUUAAUGUCUUCUUUUAUCUGCAUAAUCUUCCCCUGCUCCAUUUUAUCUUCCAUACAUAUUUGUUCAAUUUGGGAGGAGUGAAAUAUUUCAAGCUUAGAAAUAAUUCUAAUGGGCUGUGGGUUUUGAAGGAUGGAAGGAUUGUCUUCUUUAAUCUCAGAUCUAAUGAAUUCAGUAAAAUUCAAAUUUUCUCCUCCAAAAUUAUCUCUAUAUUCAUAUCUAUUAUUUUCGCUUGUUCCCAUUAGUUGAAUCAAUUCUUUUUCUAGCUUUUCGUUUCUCAACUCAUCAAAUUCUUCAUCUUCCCAAGAGCUAUCUUUUAAUUUUGGUAUAUGAUAUACAUCAUCAUUCUCACAAUCAACAUCCAUGGCUGCAAAAUUAUGAUUAGAUUCAUUAAUUUCGUCUCCUACAUCUCCCAAAUCAAUUGAUUUUUCCUCACCUGAAAUAUAUUUUUCUUCAUUUCUGUCCUUACUCCCUUCUACUAAAAUUUGGAUGAUUUUUCUAUGAUCAGUUGUUGUUUCUUCAGCUAAGGGUUCUUUCUCUUCAUCAUCCUCACUAUAUUCAUUCAUCAAGUGUGAGCAAUAAAUGAUUUUAUUCAAAUUUUCUGCUACUAUAUUUUUGGCCUUAAUAUUCUCAUUUAUUUCUAAUUGAUCAUCAAUUUCUUCUAAUAAUUAGAAAUAAGGAUCAGGUAAAAUAUUCUCACUCAAUAUAUUCACUGUCCUAAUAUUUUCAUUUCGUGGGUUUUUUUCUAAAUUUAUCCAGCUAGACUCUUCUUGCUGAAAUCUUACUGUUGGAUAGUUUUCUGAAUUUUCUAUGGGCUGACUAGGUAGCUCUCCCUCUUCUCUCUUAUUCUUAAGAGCCUCUAUAAUUUGUUUCUGAUGAAGCAUCAUUUGAUUCAUAGUUUGUUGCAUCAUUUGGCUCAUUUGCUGCAUCAUUUCCAUAGCAUCAGGUUGGGUUUGAGAUGGCUAAUUUUUCUGAAAUCUAUUUUCUUGUUUUGGACGAAAUUCAGAGUUUGAAUUGGGUCUAAGUGCUUCUGGAUUUUGAAUAUUAUUUGGGUCUCUCCAUGAAAAAUUAUUCCUCCAAUUAGGAUUAUAAGAAUUUGAAAAAUGUUCCCUAUUUCUAUAAAAACCGUGAGCUACUUGCACUUGUUCUUGCAUAGGGUGAAAUGAUUGAUCUAAAUUAUAACAUUGAAAUUCAGAACAAUCAUUUUCACCAUACAUAGGACAUGUACUAUUUGAAUUAAGUUGAGGGUUAAAAGACUUUCUAAUAUUAUCAAUAAGUAAAUCAUUUUUUUCUAAUCUUUGAUUAAUCUGAUUAACCUCAUUUCUAAGUUUAGAAUCAUCAUCAUGAUGCAAUUCAUAAAUUCCUCUCUUCUUAUCCCUGUCAUAUAAUUCAAAAGAGGCUUGAUCUCUAGAAUUUUUACUUAAAUUCUCAUAAAGAUUGUAAAUCUCAUCAGGAGUUUUCUCCAUAAAAGCUCCUCCAUAUAUAGAAUCAACCAUAUUUCUAUGUUGUUCUAAUAAUCCAUCAUAAAAAACUCUAUUGAGCUGCCACUUGGGUAUAGCAUGAUGAGGACACUUUCUAAGUAAAUCCUUAAAUUUUUCCCAUGUCUCAUGCAAAGUUUCUCCUGGUCUUUGAGAAAAACUCCAUAUAUGUUUUCUCAUAUUUUGAGUUUUUCCUAAGGGAUAAAAUUUUCGAAGAAAGGCCUGUUGUAUAUCUUUCCAGCUAGUUAAUUCUCUAUCUAAUGUGGAUAGCCAAUGACUAGCUUUGUCCCUAAGUGUAUGAGGGAAUAAUUUCAUCUUAAUAAUUUCCGAUGUAACUUGAGGCAGAUUAACUAAAUCACAGACCAUAUGAAAUUUUUCUAAGUGCUGAUGAGGUUCCUCUAAAGACAAUCCAUGAAAAUUAAAGAGCAUUUGAAAAAUUCCUAGAUUUAUUUCGCAUUUAACAGUGGGUGCUAAUGGGACUCUAAUAUUAGAUGCUCUUUGAAAUGAAUCAGGGAUAUAAUGAUUUUUCAUGGCCAUAGGAUUGUUCUCAGUUUGACCUGUACUUCCUUCAGGAUCCAUCAAAAUUAAUUUUUCUUUCGGAUUUUUAUUUUUGAAUAAAAUAAUGAAAGGAUUUUCUAGCCUUGGAUGCAAGGAUCUUCUACCAUGCAUAAAAAUCAAUAAAUUCGAGGGAAAAAGUUAGUAUUUUUUACCCUCCUUCAGGAUGCUCCAGUCCUUGCAGUGCUUCUUUUCGUUCCCUUUUUCUAAUAAAAAUCGGCAAAAAGAAAAUAAAACAAGAGUAAAGUGUUUUUUGUGUACUCUAAGAGAAAAACAUAAAAAUACUAAAUAUUAUGCAAUACAUCCCCGGCAAUGGCGCCAAAAUUUGACGUGACUCAGUCGUUGUAUAUUAAAUCACACAAAUAUAAAAUUUAUAAAACUAGAAAAUACGAAUUUUUGGAUAUUUAGAAGUAUUUCUAAAUAAAUAUAUCAAUUAUAAUUCAAUAAAAAUUCCAAAAAUAGUGGUAAUUUUCUAGAUCAAUCAUAGGGAUGUAAUAUAAUAUCUGGUAAUUAUUCAGAAUUUUUCUCAAUGAAUUCGAUUUUCUUACGAAUUUUAUACUAGGAAAUAAAAAGGAAAUAUAUUUAAAAUUCACGAAAAAAAAGGAAAUAAGGGUGCGGACGUCAAGAUGACGUCAGUGCCCGGCGAACGCAAAUCAAGCAGAAACAGAGUUCAGCCUGGUGAUUCUUACGUAGGCGAUUACAGAUGACUCAAUUAAUCAAAUUAAGAUCUGUAAAAGCCGGAAGAAUCGUAAUUGAACGAAGUAUAGUUUGGUAAAUUAAAAUCACACAAAGUAUCACUAAAUGAAGUGUAAAUUAAAUUGAAAGCAGGAAAAAAGAGUUCUGGCGUCGCGAUAGCAAUGCAUCAGCGAUGCACCAGAAUACUGAGCGUUUAGGAGGAUUGUCAUGUAGUGUCCACAGCCUCGAAGGCUCUCCUUGGACAAAGACGAUGUGGGCAAUCUCUAGAUUUUCUUGCGAAGUCUAGAGAUCAAUGAAGUGGGUCGUCGAAUCGUCUCCGGCGGCUGUCACCCAGCAGAGCGGAAAAACGGCGACUUUGCGGCUCUCCGAUGGUUGUCACCCGAUGGAGAGGAGCUGGAUGGAGGUGGGGCGCAUGUCAGGGAGCUUCAUCCUUAGGUCCGCGCAGCAAGAGGAGGCUCUUCAUCGCAUCUGGUACGCUCUCAGGAGGUGGCGACUGGUCUCCCGGCGGAUCAUCCUCUUCUCGACGACGGCUUGUUCGUCAAUCAAUCGGAGACGAUUUACUCGAUGGAUUCGCAAUCCUUUUAUCGCGAAUUGUUCAGCAAUUUUAGUAGCAAUGCUCCACGAAUCACAUUGACGAGAUUUUCGCCGAUGAUCCAGCGAUUCUUGUUGCUUAAUCCUUCCCGGGCGGUCUGCAGGAAAGUCGUGAUAAUCAAAUAAAAAUAUAUGAAUUUUGACUCUAGAAGGAUUUGAACCCGCGCCAGUCGCUUGCCUCUUCUGAGGAAGGUGUGACGAGGGUUUAGUCCCACAUCGGUUGUAUGCCAAUUUUUCGGGUGAAUAUAUAGUAAUGUUAGCUUUGUGAGCAAAGUCCCUUCUCUUGCGUGUAUGACCACUCCUUGCCCCACAACCGGCUGGCCACCGGUGACGUGAAAGGGGAGUGGCGUACGUGUGCCUGUCGGUCCCCAAGCCAAGCCACGAGCAGGGGCUCAAGCGGCUUACUCCCCGACUGCACUUCUGACCCGCUUGUGGGCACGGUUGGCUGACGGGUCCCCCCUUUUUUGUAAUAUUUUUAUUUUUAUUUCUUGUUCUUCAUUUAUCUCAAAAGCAAGACUGUAAAAAUCGUAUAAAAUCACAUAAUUACCCAAAAAUUCACGUUAAUAAAUUAAAAACCAAGAAUCAUUCUUUAACACAAAUAUAAGUCUAUUUAUCAUGAGUUAAGGCUAAAACUAUAUUAUUUACUAAUUAUUAACUCAUGAUAAUGAAGACUUAACAGCUAUCACUAGGCGGAGCAGAAAAAUGACAACUUUGUGGCUCUCUAGCAGCUAUCACCUAACGAAGAUGAGCUAUAUGGAGGUGGGGCAUGUGUUAGGGAGCUUCAUCCUUGGUCCGUGCAACAAGAGGAAGCUCUUCAUCACAUCUAGUAUGCUCUUAGGAGGUGGCAACUCGUGUUCAAUUGGAUCACCCUCUUUCUGAUGAUGGCUUAUUCGUCAAUCAAUCAAAGAUCCUUUGCUCAAUAGAUUUGUGAUCUUUCUAUCGUGAAUUAUUCGACCAUUUUAGUAACAAUGCUCCACAAAUGGCAUUGACAAGAUUUUCAUCAAUGAUCUAAUGAUUUUGGUGGCUUAAUCCUUCACAAGUGAUCUCCAGGAAAGUCAUGAUAAUCAAAUAAAAAAUAUGAGUUUUGGCUUUGAAAGGGUUCAAACCUACGUCGGUUGUCUACUUGCAUAAGAGAGAUUGAAAUAAGUACUAUAAUGCCCUUAUAAAAUAACAUUAUUAUGGUAUAUCUCUAUUAUAAAUAAAAAUUAUUAUAAGUAUUAAAAUCAUUGAAGCUUUUUGAAGGAAGGUGUGAUGCGGGUUUAGUCCCACAUCACUUGUGUGCCGAAAUUUUAGGCAAAUAUAUAGUAAUAUUAUAUUUAUAAGUAAGUCUCUUUCUCCCACAUGUACGACCACUCCUUGUCUCACAUACGACUAGCCACUAGUGAUGUGAAAAGGGAGUGACGCAGACAUGCCUCUAUUGGUCUUAGCCAUUUGAACCUCUACUUGCAGCUCCUCCUUGACUGCUUCCGACCCGCUUGUGGGCCCAGCUAGCCGAUGGGUCCCCCCCACUUUGCUAUAUUUUUAUUUUUAUUUCUUUUUCUUUAUUUAUCUAAAAAAUAAAACUAUAAAAAUUAUAUAAAUUCUUAGAAAAUCACAUAAUUAGCCAAAAAUUCAUGUUAAUCAAUUGAAAACCACUUCACACUCUAACACAAAUAUAAGUCUAUUUAUCAUGAGUUAAGGCUAAAACUAUAUUAUUUACUAAUUAUUAACUCAUGAUAAUGAAGACUUAUCAUAUGACAAUUAAGAAUAUGUGUUUGUAUUUGUUUUCAUACUUUCUUAGAAAAGUAACUAAAAAAAUUCAGAAAAACUAUAACAUUUAUUUUAUUUUCAAAGACGUUCAAAAAUAGUAAUGAAAAAAUAACCUAAAAUUAGAAAUUCUAGAAAACUUUUUCUCACAUUUCAAUCUUCUAGACAUAUAUUACUGAAAUUACAAGUUACAACUAUAAAGAGGAUAGUUUUGAUUUAUGUUUGGCAAAAGUCAUUGUUGCUGAAAACAGAACUAAAAAUAGAAAGCAGAAUUGUCAAAACUAUCUAAUUUUCAAAUUUUUUUACAUUAUAUUGCAUGCAUGAAAAAUUAAAUCAAUUAAAUUGAUUGAUAUGAAGAGAUACCAAGAAGAUUAUUAUUGAGUUAAAAGAAUCAUUUAGUAACAUGAAAUGUUGGAAUACUCUUUAAGUACAUGCUAAAGAACAUAGAUUUGAUUUUAUAGAUUUUCACUUCAUCAUCUUGAUGGAUAGUAUUUACUUAAUAUGAAAUUUUGAUUGAUAAUUUGAGUUUAAUAGAGAUUUUUACAACCUGAUCUAUAAGAUGUGAAGAGAAAUCAUUAAUUUUAAAAAAAAAGUAAUAUGAAAAAUUUGAAAAUAAAGAGUACACAUAGAGGAUGUGAGACCUGAUGCACCUUUAGACAUUUUGGAUUCUCAUAGCAAGUAUUUAAGAAUAAUGUCAAGCACUUAAAUUUUUAAACACUCCUUGGAAUAAUAAUCUAGACUUCACUUCUUCUAUUCACAUCUUUAUCACUUUUUCACUCAUAAAUGUAUUUACAAGAUGUUCUAAUUAUCAAUACUCAUCCAAAAAUAAUAUUGAUCCUACAUUUCUCUUUUUCUAUGACUUGAUUUUUGAAGUUUGUACUAUAUUUCUUUCUUCUUUAUUUUUUUAUAUAUAUAUACAGUGGAUAAGUAGCUUUUCCUGUAGACAAAUUUUGACAAUAAGAAUGAUGUCUCACACCAUCCAUGUGUACUCUUCAUUUUCAAGUCUUUCACUUUAUCCACUUAUUUUGCAGUAAGUAUUUUUCUAUACACGAUUUUCAACAAUGAGAAUGAUGUCUCACACCCUUCUGUGUGUACUCUUCGUUUCUAAAUUUUUCACAUUACUCUCUCUUUUUUUUUUGAAAUAAGUGAUUUCUCCUCACAAGUCCUAUAGAUCAGGGUGCAAAAAUCUCCAUUAAACUCAAAUGAUCAAUCAAAUUUUCUCAUCAAGUACUAUACAUCAAGAUCAAGAAGUGAAAAUCUAUAAAAUCAAAUCCAUGUUAUCUAUCAUGUAUCCAAGGAGUAUUCCAACAUUUCAUUCUUUUGACUCAAUAAUAAUCUUCCUAGUAUCUAUUUGGUAUCAAUCAAUCUAAUUGAUUUAAUUUUUCAUGCAUGUAAUAUGAUGUAAGAAAUUUUUAAAUAAGAUAGUUUUGAUAGUUCUAUUUCCUAUUUUCAGUUCUAUUUUUAGCUGCAACAAAUUUGUCAAAAAUAAAUCAAAACUAUCCUCUUUAUAGCUGUAAUUUUGAAUUUCAAUAAUAUAUAUCUAGGGGAUUGAAAUGUGAGAAAAGGGUCCUCUAGAAUUUCAAAUUUCAGGUUGUUUUUUGUCUCUUAUUUUUGAUAGUCUAUUGUUUAUGAAAAAAACUAGAAAAUAGAUGUUGCAGUUUCUCUAAAUUUUAUUUUAUUUUUAUUUUUUUAGUUGCUGUUCUAAGUUGAAUAAAAUGCAAACACAUGCUCUUAAUCAUUCUACAACAUAAAUUAAUAAUGAAUACUUCACCCCCCAACUUAAAAAUGACAUUGUCCUCAAUGACACAGAAAAUCAAAAUAGAAUAUGUAGAAAAUAUAAUUUUCAAGUGAAGCAUGCAUAUUUGUAAAGUUAAGCAUUAAAAAUAUUUUCAAAAAUGAUAAAGCUCAGAAAGACAUCACCUCAACCUCGUCUUUAAUUUUCCACUUCAUCUUACACCCCUUCUCCUGCACUUUUUCAAAAAAAACAAAUACAUAAAUGACGUGACUCAGUCGUUGUAUAUUAAAUCACGCAAAUAUUAAAUUUAUAGAACUAGAAAAUACGAAUUUUUGGAUAUUUAGAAGUAUUUCUAAAUAAAUAUAUCAAUUAUAAUUCAAUAAAAAUUCCAAAAAUAGCAGUAAUUUUCUAGGUCAAUCACAGGAUGUAAUAUAAUAUCUGAUAAUUAUUCAGAAUUUUUCUCAAUGAAUACGAGUUUCUUACGAAUUUUAUACUAGGAAAUAAAAAGGAAAUAAGGGUGCGGGCGUCAGGAUGACGUCAGCGCCGGUGAACGCGAAUCAGGCAGAAACAGAGUUCCGCCUAGUGAUUCUUACGUAAGCGAUUACAGAUGACUUAAUUUAUCAAAUUAAAAUCUGUAAAAGCUGGAAGAAUCGUAAUUGAAUGAAGUAUAGUUUGGUAAAUUAAAAUCACACAAAGUAUCACUAAAUGAAGCGUAAAUUAAAUUGAAAGUAGGAAAACAGAGUUCCGGCAUUGCGACGGCGAUGCGUCGGCGAUGCACCGGAAUCUUGAGUGUUCGGGAGGAUCGUCGUGCAGUGUCCACGGCCUCAAAGGCUCUCCUUGGACAAAGACAAUGUGGGCAAUCUCUAGAUCUUCUCGCGAAGUCUAGAGAUCAAUGAAGUGGGUCGUCGAAUCAUCUCCGGCGGCUGUCACCUGACGGAGAGGAGCUGGAUGGAGGUAAGGUGCGUGUUAGGGAGCUUCAUCCUCAAGUCCGCGCAGCAAGAGGAGGCUCUUCAUCACAUCUAGUACGCUCUCAAGAGGUAGCGACUGGUCUCCCGGCGGAUCGUCCUCUUCCCGACAACGGCUUGUUCGUCGAUCAAUCGGAGAUGAUUUACUCGAUAGAUUCACGAUCCUUUUAUUGCAAAUCGUUCAGCAAUUUUAGUAGCAAUGCUCCGCGAAUCGCAUUGACGAGAUUUUCGCCGAUGAUCCAGCGAUUCUCGUUGCUUAAUCCUUCACCGGCGAUCUGCAGGAAAGUCGCGAUAAUCAGAUAA